GGUGAUCUUACGUUCUCGACGCGUGACUCAGCACGCUUUGGUAUAAAUACGUGCUGCCGGAAGACGCUUUCUCUCUUACCGCGUGGCCGGCCUCCAACAUGGCGCCGAAGAAAGACAAGAAGCCUAAGAAGUCAACCUGGAAGUUUAAUUUGGACCUGACUCAUCCAGUAGAAGAUGGAAUUUUUGAUGCUCGAAAUUUUGAACAGUUUCUACGGGAGAAGGUUAAAGUGAAUGGAAAAACUGGGAAUCUUGGGAAUGUUGUUCACAUUGAACACUUCAAGAAUAAAAUCAUGGUUGUUUCUGAGAGACAGUUCUCUAAAAGGUAUUUGAAAUAUCUUACCAAGAAAUACCUUAAGAAGAACAAUCUUCGGGAUUGGCUUCGUGUGGUUGCAUCUGACAAGGAGACCUAUGAACUUCGUUACUUCCAGAUUAGUCAAGAUGAAGAUGGAUCAGAGUCUGAGGACUAAAUGAAGCUGUCUUUUAUAGGGCUUCGCAUGCUAAUAACAAAUGAAGCAAGAGAAAGAGACAUCUAGAAAUUGACCUUUAGUUUAUCAAUGAAUAAAAAACAUUGUACUCUGUUAA